CACAUCAAUCAUGAACGCUCCGAUUUUCAUCUUGGUUGCUGCCUUGUACGCCCAGAGUGUGUACUGCAGCUACUACCACGGACCCACCGCCAAGCCUGUCGUCCUCCACAACGGCUACCUUGCAGACACCCAUGAGGUAGCAGCAGCCAAGAACGCUCAUCUAGCCGCUCUAGCCAAGGAAUCAAACUAUGGAUACGGUCACGGCCAGGAAUACAGUGGCUCUUAUGACAGCCAUCAUGGAGACAUCAGGUACCACGGACCCACCGCCAUCCCACACGUCCUGCAUGACGGACACAUCGCAGACACUCACGAGGUGGCCGCUGCUAAGGCUGAGCAUUUCGCCGCCGUAGCCAAAGCCGAGGCUCACGGAGGCUACGGUGACCACUACAGUGGCAGAUACGGCUCAGGCUACGGUGCCGACCAUGGACACUCCCAUCAUGUGACGCCUUACCACGGACCCCUCGCCAAGCCCGUGGUGCUCAAGUCCGGAUACCUGGCAGACACUCAUGAGGUCGCUGCCGCCAGAGAACACCAUCUGCAGGCUCUUCACAAGACUAACGGACAUCACCAUUACUAGAAUAUGCUA